CAGGGUUUUGCAGGGUGGGGGACGGUCGCGGGGCAGUUCCGUCCGGGAGGGGGCGGGCGUGAGGCGCGCCGGCCGCCCGAGGGGCUGCAGACCCCGGCUCCCGCGAGCGCCGCGGCUGCCUCUUCUGUUCCAUGUGGCUCCGGCGGGGAUGGAGGACUCGGUGGCGGCGGCGGCUGCUGCUGCGGCGGCGAUGGAGGAGCGGCUCUGAGGAGGGAACGGGGCCAGACUCAGCCCGACAGCGGGACUGGAGUCCUCCAGAAUACACAUCAUAGAGCCCCUGCGGUGGAAUGGUGAUGUCUCCAUGAGGGAACCUCCUCUAACUCAUCCUGUCAUGUAUAUCAUAGAGUUAUUGACUGGGCCAUUCAUCUACGAUGGGAUUUACCCUGUGAGACAGGGAGAAGACUAAUGGACCCCAAACAUUUCAAGUUGUAGUUGAGUUUUUUUUUUUUUUUUUAAGUACAGACAUUCAUGCAAAGCUGCUUUGCCCUGGACCCUCUGCUUUGUUAAAGCUACUCUGUUGCUAACCCAUAAUUGCUCACGUGUAUAUUGACUGAUCAUCAUGGCUUCAGUUUGGAAGAGACUGCAGCGUGUUGGGAAACACGCGUCCAAGUUCCAGUUUGUGGCCUCCUACCAGGAGUUGAUGGUGGAGUGUACCAAGAAAUGGCAACCAGAUAAACUGGUGGUGGUUUGGACAAGAAGAAGCCGGAGGAAGUCUUCUAAGGCUCAUAGCUGGCAACCUGGAAUAAAAAAUCCAUACCGGGGUGUUGUAGUAUGGCCUGUUCCUGAAAACAUUGAAAUCACUGUAACACUUUUUAAGGAUCCUCAUGCAGAGGAAUUUGAAGAUAAAGAAUGGACAUUUGUCAUAGAAAAUGAAUCCCCUUCUGGUCGAAGGAAAGCUCUUGCUACUAGCAGCAUCAACAUGAAACAGUAUGCAAGCCCUAUGCCAACUCAGACUGAUGUCAAGUUAAAGUUCAAGCCAUUAUCUAAAAAAGUUGUGUCUGCCACUCUCCAAUUUUCAUUAUCUUGCAUUUUCCUCAGGGAAGGAAAAGCCACGGAUGAAGAUAUGCAAAGUUUGGCUAGUUUGAUGAGUAUGAAGCAAGCAGAUAUUGGGAAUUUAGAUGACUUUGAAGAAGAUAAUGAAGAAGACGAUGAGACCCGAGUGAACCAAGAAGAAAAGGCAGCAAAAAUUACAGAAAUUGUAAAACAAUUGAAUGCUCUGAGCAGCUUAGAUGAAGAUCACGAUGACUGCAUUAAGCAAGCAAAUAUGCCUUCAGCUAAAUCAGCCAGUUCUUCUGAAGAACUUAUCAACAAACUUAACUUUUUAGAUGAAGCAGAAAAGGACUUGGCCACUGUGAAUUUAAAUCCAUUUGGUGAUCCUGACGUAGCAGAAUUAAAUCCCUUUGGAGAUCCAGACUCAGAAGAACCAAUCACUGAAGCUGCUUCACCUAAAAAAGCAGAAGAAUCCUUUUACAACAGUUACAGUCCCUAUAAAGAGGUACAGACUCCACAGUAUUUGAACCCAUUUGAUGAACCGGAUACCUUUGUAAUGCUAAAGGAUUCUCCUCCCCAAUCAACAAAAAGGAAAAACAUAAGACCCGUGGAUAUGAGCAAGUAUCUCUAUGCUGAUACUUCUAAAACUGAAGAAGAGUUGGAUGAAUCAAAUCCUUUUUAUGAGCCUAAACCAACUCCUCCAACCAAUUUAGUAAAUCCGAUUCAAGAACUGGAAACUGAAAAGAGAGUGAAAAGAAAAGCUCCAGCCCCACCAGCCAUCUUACCAAAAGCAGAAGGAGUGCAGGAAAACACAAUUGUUUCUGCAGGAAAAGACCUCUCUACUUCUCCUAAGCCAAGUCCUAUACCAAGUCCUGUUUUGGGGCGAAAGCCAAAUGCUAGUCAGUCAUUGCUUGUGUGGUGCAAAGAAGUUACAAAAAACUAUCGGGGAGUGAAAAUCACUAAUUUUACUACAUCGUGGAGAAACGGUUUAUCUUUUUGUGCAAUCUUACACCACUUUAGACCAGAUUUGAUUGACUACAAGUCUCUGAAUCCUCAAGAUAUUAAAGAAAACAACAAAAAGGCAUACGAUGGAUUUGCCAGCAUAGGAAUUUCCCGAUUAUUGGAACCUUCGGAUAUGGUUUUAUUAGCAAUCCCUGACAAAUUGACGGUGAUGACCUAUCUGUACCAAAUAAGGGCACAUUUCAGUGGCCAAGAACUAAAUGUUGUUCAGAUAGAAGAAAACAGCAGUAAAAGCACAUACAAAGUUGGAAACUAUGAAACAGACACAAACAGCUCUGUUGAUCAGGAAAAAUUCUAUGCGGAACUUAGUGACCUGAAGCGGGAGCCUGAACUGCAUCCGCCUACCAGUGGAGCAGUAGACUUCUUAUCCCAGGAUGACUCUGUGUUUGUUAAUGAUAGUGGGGUCGGAGAGUCAGAAAGCGAACAUCAGACCCCUGAUGAUCACCUUAGUCCAAGCACAGCCUCCCCUUACUGUCGCAGGACUAAAAGUGACACAGUGGAGCCCCAAAAGUCCCAGCAGAGCUCGGGAAGGACUUCAGGAUCCGAUGACCCUGGAAUAUGUUACAGUGCAGAGUCAACUCAUGUACAAGUUUUGUUAGGCAAGAAAAGACUACUAAAAGCUGAGACUUUAGAAUUAAGUGACUUAUAUGUCAGUGACAAGAAGAAGGAUGUUUCUCCACCCUCAGUUUGUGAGGAGACAGACGAGCAAAAGCUUCAGACUCUAGAUAUCAGUAGUAACUUAGAGCAAGGAAAAUUAGACCAUUUCCGACCUUUGGAAUGUGGAUCAGAUCCUGAAUCACCUGUCAAAAAAACAACUUUAUCUCCAUCUUCUAAGCUUGGAUACUCAUAUAAUAAAGAUGUAGACCUUGGAAAGAAUAAAUAUACUUCCCUGAAGCAGACGGAAUCUGAUCCCGAUACUGAUAAAUCCACGCUCAAUCAUGCAGAUUAUUCUGUAAAGACAGUUCAGCAUCGAAUGUUAUCCAGACAAGAAGAGCUUAAAGAAAGAGCAAGAGUUCUGCUAGAGCAAGCAAGAAGAGAUGCAGCAGUAAAGGCAGGAAAUAAGCAGAAUAGCAGUGCAGCCACUCCACUCUGCACCAAGCAGCUAAGUGAUCAGCAAGAUGAAGAGCGACGUCGGCAGCUGAGAGAGCGAGCUCGUCAGCUAAUAGCAGAAGCUCGAUCUGGAGUGAAGAUGUCAGAACUUCCCAGCUAUGGUGAAAUGGCUGCAGAAAAGUUGAAAGAAAGGUCAAAGGCAUCUGGAGAUGAAAAUGAUAAUAUUGAGAUAGAUACUAACGAGGAGAUUCCUGGAGGCUUUGUUGUGGGAGGUGGAGAUGAACUUACUAACUUAGAAAAUGACCUUGAUAUUCCUGAACAAAAUGCUAAGUUGGUGGACUUGAAGUUAAAGCAGCUCCUAGAAGUUCAGCCACAGGUGGCAAAUUCACACUCUGGUGCUGCCCAGAAAGCUGUAGCUGAGAGCUCGGAACAUGACACUAAGAAUGGCACAGAUGAGCUCCGGACUGAAAGAUUACAAAAAGCAACAGAACGUUUUAGAAACCCUGUUGUGUUCAGCAAGGAUUCAACAAUCAGGAAAACUCAACUUCAGUCUUUCAGUCAGUAUGUAGAGAAUAGACCAGAGAUGAAAAGGCAGAGAUCAAUACAGGAAGAUACAAAGAAAGGAAAUGAGGAGAAGGCAGCGAUAACUGAAACUCAGAGGAAGCCAUCAGAAGAUGAAGUGCUUAAUAAAGGGUUCAAAGACACCAGUCAGUAUGUUGUAGGAGAAUUGGCAGCACUAGAGAAUGAGCAAAAGCAAAUUGACACCCGUGCCGCGCUGGUGGAGAAGCGCCUUCGCUAUCUCAUGGACACAGGAAGGAACCCAGAAGAAGAAGAAGCUCUGAUGCAGGAAUGGUUUAUGUUAGUUAAUAAGAAAAAUGCCUUAAUAAGAAGAAUGAACCAGCUCUCUCUCCUGGAAAAAGAACAUGAUUUAGAACGAAGGUAUGAGCUGCUGAAUCGAGAAUUGCGUGCAAUGCUGGCCAUUGAAGACUGGCAGAAGACCGAGGCCCAGAAGCGUCGCGAGCAACUCCUGCUGGAUGAGCUGGUGGCCCUGGUGAACAAGCGGGACGCGCUCGUCAGAGAUCUGGACGCGCAGGAGAAGCAGGCCGAAGAAGAGGAUGAGCAUCUGGAACGAACUCUGGAGCAAAACAAAGGCAAGAUGGCCAAGAAAGAAGAGAAAUGUGUUCUGCAAUAGCAGCCGAAGGAGUAUCUUUCCCAGCAUUUUAGAGUCUUGGGUCCCCAGAUCAGUAAAAGUCACACUCCUUGUUAAUUUAAACUUUUAAAACAUUUGCUGGGCUGGAUUGUACUUCUUUAGCACCACACCACCAUCUCUUUGCCUCCCUCCUUUUCAGAUAAUAUACAGAACUCCAAAUUGCUUUAAGGAUUUUUGAGUGUGAGUUAAAUCACUUCCUUGAAAUCUUGUGAAAUUGAUUUGCACACACCCCUAGUGAGUGAUUUGUAUUGGGAGUGUUGGGAAACUGUUCAAAAAAGAAAAAGAAAAAAAAUCCUUCCUCUUUUUCCCUCUGUUUGGGAAGUACAUUUGGAAACAUUUUUAUUGUUGUUGUUAAUAGCAUAAUGCUGGGGGGGAGGGGUAAAAAGGGAGAUAAAAUUGUCAUGGAUGAUUUUUUUCCCAGUCCUGCCAUCUGUAACACUGACUCUGUUGCCUAAAUUUUAUAGUUAGAUCAUACUCAAUCUACUUAUUAAACUGUGUUGUAUUUACCAGUGGGAUUUCUGCAGUUGUUUUACGUUUCACUGUGAGGGUAAUAGAGUUCCUCUCCUCUGCUUUCCUCAGAGGAUGGCCUUUUAACACAGAUAAGUCCUGUGAUUUGAAGGUUGAGCUAUGAGGAUAGGACUAAUUGACAUGCAUCAGUUUACAAAGACAGUCUUAUCAUCUGAGAAUGCGCCAUCUUUUUCUCUGGAUAAUUAUUUAUUACAUCUAGCUUGGUUCCUGCAUUUUGUUGGAUUUCAACAUUGGCUCAAGAAUGCUGUUAAUAUUUAUUCUGUAUUGAUAAAAGUCUGUUUUUGCCACUAUGAGUAAAUCCCCCAAUUAAUAUUUUCUUCUCUAGCAUAGCACUGUCAUUUUUGUGUGAAAAUGGUUAUCUGUUUAUUUAUUAUAAAAACUGAGUCAUAUAUAAAUUUUCAAUAAAAACAAACUUUCUUACCUUAAA